CUCUGGUCAUCUCCUGUACUAUGUCUGGUCUCUGGUCAUCUCCUGUACUAUGUCCGCAGUCUCUGGUCAUCUCCUGUACUAUGUCCGCAGUCUCUGGUCAUCUUCUGUACUAUGUCUGCAGUCUCUGGUUAUCUCCUGUAUUAUGUCUGCAGUCUCUGGUUAUCUCCUGUACUAUGUCCACAGUCUCUGGUCGUCUCCUGUAGUAUGUCUGCAGUCUCUGGUCAUCUCCUGUACUAUGUCCGCAGUCUCUGGUCAUCUCCUGUACUAUGUCUGUAGUCUCUGGUAAUCUCCUGUAGUAUGUCCGCUGUCUCUGGUCAUUUCCUGUACUAUGUCUGCAGUCCAUUGGUUCAGAAUAUUUUUUUUCUUGUUUCCUUCCUCUAA